GUGAAGAGAAGCAGAAGACUAGACGAACAUUCUUAAGAGAGCCAUGAGCGUUGUAAAAGCGAGCCUAUCUUUCGUCGACUUCGUCGUCGUUGAAGGCAAGACAUGGCCUCGGGACUUCCCGCUGCCAGUGUCGCAAACCACGAACCAUCACCCUUCUCAGACUCAGAGGUCUCUUUUCAUGGCGGUCUCUUUCAUUCCGGCAACAACAACGUCGUUGAUAAUGGUGGUCGUGUCCCAGCGACACCCAGCACUGCUGACGAGCAAAUAGAGCUGAAUAGAGACCUACUCGUGCCUCCCGACGCCACUCAUUUCAGCUCGGAUUGGACACCUUCCAUUCAGGACAGCGCUCAUAAUUCAUAUCUGGCUUCUACGCCAUACACGGUCGAUCCUUCUCGUCUCUUCUUAAUUAGUGGCCAACCCAGCGACACUGCUUCUCGAACUUUGUUCGAUCCCGACGAGAAAGAGGCUGCAAGGGUUGAAGUGAGAGGAAAAGGCUUUAUUACUUCGACUUCAGGCUUUAAAAGCCCUCGUCGAAGAGUAUGGUGGAUUCUAGCUUUAAUCGUUACUCUCAUCAUCGUGAUACUGGCUGUAGUCUUGCCCAUCAUCUUCGUGGUUGUGAAAAAGCAUCACACCUCGUCUGGCGGUGCUAGUACUGGUGAUUCUACCAACCCUGAAUCGCCCGCAGGGGACAUUACAGGUGGUGAUGGUUCCAUCAUUAAGACGGCAGACGGCACUACAUUCACUUACAAAAAUUCAUUUGGUGGAUUCUGGAUUGAUGAUCCUAAGGAUCCUUACAACUCCGGCGCACGAGCACAGUCUUUUGUUCCUGCUUUGAACGAGACGUGGGACUACACUCGUGACCAAAUCCGUGGCGUGAACCUUGGUGGAUGGCUCGUACUGGAGCCAUUCAUCGUUCCAGCGUUGUUUGAGAAGUACCAAAAUGUUACACCAAAUCCUGCCAUUCCCGGCGGUCAGGCUGUAGACGAGUGGACGCUGAGCGUCGCUAUGACUAACGAUACCAACACCGGUGGUGGCUUGGACCAAUUAGAGGAGCACUACAGAACCUUCAUCACUGAACAAGAUUUUGCCCAAAUCGCCGGGGCUGGUUUGAACUGGGUCCGGCUUCCUGUCCCUUACUGGGCGAUAGAGACAUGGCCGGGCGAACCGUUCCUCGCAAAGACAGCGUGGAAGUAUGUUCUACUCGCGCUCCAGUGGGCGCGAAAGUAUGGCUUGAGGGUGUACCUUGAACUUCAUACUGCUCCCGGAAGUCAGAACGGAUACAACCAUUCAGGUCGGCUAGGACCGAUCAACUUCUUGAAUGGACCUAUGGGCAUUGCCAAUGCUCAGCGUGUCAUGGACUAUAUCCGUGUGUUGGCCGAGUUCAUCAGCCAAGACCAGUACAAGGAUGUUGUGCAGAUGUUCGGUGUUAUUAACGAACCUCUUAUGGGUAUCAUUGGCCGUGACCAGCUAGAACGAUUUUACCUUCAGAGCUAUGACAUGCUUCGGAACAUUACCGGAAUAGGUUCCGGCGCGUAUAUGGUGGUUCACGACGGCUUCCUGGGUCUAACUCCUUGGAAGGAUUUCUUACCUGGUUCCGAUCGUAUCGUUCUGGACACCCAUCCAUAUGUUGCAUUUGGUGGCGGUCUCGACCAACCUCUGGAUCAUUGGCCAACUGCCGCUUGCGGUGCCUUCCAAGUCAACCAAUCUAACUUCGACUUUGGUAUUACAAUCACCGGCGAGUUCAGUGCAGCUAUCAAUGAUUGUGGGUUAUGGAUCAAAGGAGCUGGUACUGCUCCAAGCUUCCCAGACUGUACACAGUGGGACGACUGGGAGAACUGGACACAAGAUAUGAAUGAUGGGAUCAAGCAGUUCGUCCUAGCUAGUAUGGACUCUAUGCAUUUCCCUGGUUACUUCUUCUGGACAUGGAAGGUUGGCAAUUCUUCAGUUACAGGCAAGGUAGAAAGUCCCUUCUGGUCAUACCAGUUAGGGUUGGAGAACGGCUGGAUUCCGACCGACCCAAGGGAAGCUGUCGGCAUAUGCGACCAACUUGGCGUAAAAUUCACCUUGCCGUUCACUACGUCAUAUCAACCGUGGCAAACAGGAGGCGCGGGUGCAGGUCAGAUUGCAGCUACAGCAAUAGCCUCGCUCGCUCAAUACCCACCUCCAGCCAUUUCCAACGCAAACGGAGCCGAUCCCGCUCUCCUUCCACAAUAUACAGCUAUCAGUCCGAUCCCGACGUUGCCUGUUCCGACUUUCAGUGCAGCUACAACUAGUGGUGGGGAUGGUUGGGCGGAUCCUGAAGAUACUGCCUUAGCUGCAGCCCCAGUCGAAGGAUGCGUAUACCCUGAUGCGUGGAACGCUCCCGCUGAGUCUAACUCGUUCCUUUGCGGUGCAGCUGCGAUGCCCACGGCUACGCCGCCACCACCUGCUCGACGUACCCUUGCUUGAUUUAUGAAUGAUCUACUUUGACGCUUUUGGAUGAUGCUUCAUGUUCACGACCUUGAACCUGCUUUGUGCUUUUGCUUUGUUUAUCUUUCGUGCACACUUUUUAUUGGGGACACUUCACGUCUGGUUUGCAUUCCCAUUUUAGACGGAUGGGCAAUUCAAAACUUAUACCAUCCUGGUGUAUUCUUAUGGACCGAACUGGGUAUUGUAGUUAUUCUUGUAACUUGCAAAACAUGAAAUAAACAACGACGGACGCUCAAUAUCCUCGUAUUGCCUGGAAGUUUGCAAUAUCGUAGUGCCGGGCCGAAUACAUGACUUCUCUACUCUGU